UGAGUGUCGUGUACCGGAAGUGGAAGUAGCACCGGAAGUGGCGUCUCAUUGUGUUUUGGUAGCGUUGGUGAUGUUUUUACUGCAGAGGAAUUGAAUUAAACUUACAGAUUGAUGUCGUUUGGUGAAACUCAGAACAGCGGGCGGCGUAGUAAAUGGGACCAGGCUGCUCCGUCCUCUGGAGCUCUGGAUGCUGCUGCUGCCGUCGCUGCCAAAAUCAACGCCAUGCUGGUGGCUAAAGGAAAACUGAACCCAGCACAGAUAAACACACACACACCUGGGGACACAGCUGCAGGAGGAGGGGCUAAGAGUUCAGUGAAAGCGAGGGAUGACCUUGUGGUGGCUGAGGUGGAGAUAAACGAUGUGCCUCUCACGUGCAGGAAUCUACUGACCCGGGGACAAACACAGGAUGAGAUCAGCAGGGUGAGUGGGGCAGCCGUGUCCACCAGAGGGCGCUACAUGACUGCAGAGGAGAAGACGAAAGCACUGCCUAGCGACCGUCCACUCUAUCUCCAUGUCCAAGGUCAAACCAGAGAGCUUGUGGACAAAGCUGUAAACAGGAUUAAGGAGCUCAUCACUAAUGGAGUGGUUAAAGCGGCAGUGUCUCAGCCCCCUCCCUCCGUGCUGCCUCCCACUGGACCCAAACCCCACUGCACUGGGGUGAAGGUGUUUGUGGGAUUGGAUCAUGCUCUUCCAGGUUUCUCGGUGAAGGAACGGGUGGAAGGCCCAAACUGUUCUUAUCUGCAACACGUUCAGAAUGAGACGGGAGCCAAGCUCUUCCUGCGGGGUCAGAGGUCGGGCUGCAUUGAGCCGGCAUCAGGGAGAGAGGCCUUCGAGCCCAUGCACAUUUAUAUAAGUCACCCUAAACCAGAGGGUAUCACUGCUGCCAAGAUGCUGUGUGAGAACCUGCUACAGACAGUACAUGCAGAGUAUUCUCGGUACCUGAGUGAGAUGAGUGCUGUGAUGCCUACACAAGGUUUCCUCCCCCCUCCUGGGGUAAAUGGUAUGCCCCAGUAUUACCCUCCUGCGGCACCUGCGCCCAGUCAUUACCCCCUUCCCCUGCCAACAGUAGUGCCCACUGCAGCACCUGAGCCCACAGUGCCCCCUACUGCCCCGUACCACAUCACACACCCGCUCACGGCUAAUCUCUCACAGUCCCUCCCACCAGCAGUAUACCCACUUGUGGGUCCACCCCAACAUCUUACUCCAUCCCCAGUCAAACCUGCAGCUCCACCUCCUUCCAAGGCUGCGUCUCAGACAAAAUCAGCGGCUCCGCCCCCUGCCCAGAAACGGCGCUUCACUGAGGAAGUGCCUGAGGAGAGUGAUAAUGGCCUGCUGGGAUACCAGCAUGGACCCAUUCAUGUGACUAAUUUAGGUUCAAGCUUCUCAGUGGGCAGCCCCGAGACUGCAGGACCACAACGUAGCAUUUCUACUUCCUGUGGGGAGAGACAGGAGAGAGAGAGUAGGCAGAUGAUGCCCCUUCUACCCCCACCACUGAGCAGUGGAAUGAGAGAGCAGAAAAGUGAGCUGCACAGCUCCCUGGUUCCUCAGGUAAAGCGCAUCAGGACAGGGUUGGUAUCAUACUCUGGUGAUUCUUCUGAUGAAGAGGAUGAGCUUGCAUCUCAGAAAUUGGGUGAGGCCAGUGAGGUUGGGUCCUCCCCUUCAACAUGGACUACUGGGGUGUUCAGAUGCCCUGCCCCCUCUCAGCCACAACCGAAAACGCAGACCACACAGUCAAUGCCAUUCUGGAUGGCGCCAUGAGAGGGAGGUGUAAUGCAUGUGCGCGCACAAGCACACACAAAUACAUAUCCUUUGUGUGACAGUCAUUCCCUGGGCGGAGCUUAAUUUAUGUUUCAUCAGCCAAUUGUAAACUGAAUGAUGUGAUUAUUAUUGGUAGCUUUUCUUUUCUCUAGAUAUAUUAAUAUUGCAGUGUGUUAGAGCGAGCCAGCAUUUGCAAUUGGUUGAUCAAAUGUAACAAACAUAACUCCAUCUUUGUAGACCCAGAGACACCUGUUACAUGGCAGCAUGUAACACCACACAAACACACUUCGGUUCCUCUCUGCCCUUAUGCUUACAAUGAGCAGGCAAACUGAUUUGUUGAUGGGACAGGAAGUAAUGUAACAGACAGGAAGUAAUGUACAGAUGUAAUAUAAUGAACUGGACAAUAAUGUGAUCAUUUGUUUCUCAGAAUAAACUGCUUUAUCUUACAUCUGAUUGGUUGUUUUGCAUAUGGGAAGACACAUUUUAUUCAUGUUUGAUGUACAACACACACACGUUGCUGUGUAACCAUGAUGUGAGAAUGUGUCUGGGUUUUUUUUUUUUUUUGGCUAAUUAGUGACCCUGAGCAGGGUUCCACUGGGUUCUAAAAAAUAUUCUCCACUUUUUUCCUUGAAAAAUAAAGUCCAAUAAGUAUUCUUCA